AUGUUUGGUCCUGAGUCUGAGCCUGAGUUUGAAGCUGAUCUUGAUCCGAAGCUUGAACUUGAGUUUGAGAUUGCGUCUGAGCCUGAGCUUGAUUUGAAGCUUAAGCAUGAGCUUGAGCCUGAUCUUGAUCCGAAGCUUGACCCUGAGCCUGAGUUUGAGCCUGAGAUUGAGCUUGAGUUUGAGCUUAAGCUUGAGUAUGAGCUUGUGAGUUUGAGCUUGAGCUUGAGCUUGAACUUGAGUCUGACCGUAAGCUUGAGCCUAAGCUUGAAUCUGAUUGACGCAAUUCGUGUGUUUGUUCGUAUUUUACACAUUUUUUUCUUACUUUUUAAGUUUAAUUUGAAAAAAACAGGUAUAUUUAAUGCUUUCGUGGUGGGACUAAAACGGUUGUCUCUAUGAAAACAUUUUUGAGCUUUGGGUAGGUUGGUCGUAUUUUACACUUAUGAAUUCAUAAAAGUUAAAAUUUUUAAAAAGUUAUGUUUCUUACCCUGCCCUUGAUUAUCAUUAAAAUUUUUUAAAAAUAUAAUAUAGUACAUAUAAAAGCAUGUCAGUCCAUUAUAGAGCCUAACAAUACAAAAUCAAAACAAAUAUAAUUUCCGUGCGUUUGAAACAUGUUUGUUACGAUUCAAUUAUCUAUAAUCGAAAACAUAAUAACUGAAUUUGCUUUUCAGACGUUUGGGCGCUUAAUCAAACCAUUUAUGAUUUGUUGUGGCUGAUAAGGAAAAGGGCUUCAUCAAUUUAA